AUGAAUAAGUCAUGGAUGAUAAAAGAUAGAUUAUCUAAGGAAUAUGAAGAAGGUAUUGAUCGUUUUAUUGAGUUUGCACAAAAACAUUCAAGUGGCAGAACUUCUAUGUCAUGUCCAUGUAUUAGGUGUGGAAAUUGCAAAACACUUAAUACUAAUGAAGUUAGAAACCACUUAUUAAUCAAUGGUAUUAACCAAAGGUAUGACAAUUGGAUUUGGCAUGGCGAAAACCUUACUAAGUAUUGUCCAACAAAUUUAGUUCCUGAUGCAGACUACAAUUCUAGGAAACAAUUUUUAGAUGAUAAUGUUGAUGACAAUAUGGUUGAAAUGGUGGAAGAGGCACAACAAAAUAGUGUAGAUGAUCCCCAAAAAUUUCAAAAGUUACUUACAGAUGCUGAAAAACCUUUAUAUCCAGGUUGUGAAAACUUGACCAAGUUGAGUACACUAGUCAAAUUGUAUCACUUAAAAGCAAUUGAGUGGAGCGAUACUAGCUUUACAGAGUUGUUGAGUCUGUUGAAAAGUAUACUACCUGAAAAUAACAAAUUGCCAACAUCGACGUACGAUGCAAAAAAAGUUUUAGUUACUUUAGGAAUGACAUAUGAGAAGAUUCAUGCGUGUCCUAAUGACUGUUGUCUAUAUAGAAAAGAAUUUGCUGAUAUAUCUAAUUGUCCUCAUUGUAAUGAGUCGAGGUGGAAGAAGCGUAAAAACUCCUUUGAAGUACAAAAAGGAGUGACUGCUAAAGUUGUUUGGUAUUUUCCACCAAUUCCACGAUUUCAAAGGAUGUUCAAUAAUCAAAUACAUUCGAAGAAUUUAACAUGGCAUACAAACGAAAGAUUGGUUGAUGGAAAUUUACGCCAUCCGCUGACAGUCCAUCUUGAAAAUUGGUUGAUCAUUUAUGGCCUGAUUUUGGAAGUGAGGAAAGAAACCUUUGUCUUGCUUUAUCUACUGAUGGAAUUAAUCCUCAGUGAGAUAAAUAGUAAAUAUAGUUGUUGGCCCGUGAUAUUGACAACAUACAAUCUCCCACCAUGGUUAUGUAUGAGACGUAAAUUUAUGAUGUUAACAAUGUUAAUUUCUGGGCCAAAUCAACCAGGAUACAAUAUAGAUGUGUAUUUAGCUCCUUUAAUAGAUGAUUUGAAAAUACUAUGGAAUGAUGGUGUACCUUGUUAUGAUGGAUAUCGAAAUGAGGUUUUCACAUUAAAAGCAGUAUUAUUGUGGACUAUUAAUGACUUUCCUGCAUAUGGUAAUCUGACGGGUCACACUGUCAAAGGAUAUUGUGCAUGUCCCAUAUGCGACAAAACCCCAUUUGCUAUACAUUUAAAAUUUGGAAAGAAGAUGGCAUAUCUUGAACAUAAAAAUUUUUUACCACUUAAUCAUCCACUUAGAAAACAGAAAAAGGUUUUCAGUAACGAAAAAGAGCUUGGAAUAGCUUCCCAACCGUUGUCAGGAGAAAUUAUUUUUGAAAUGUUUAUCAAUAAUGAUUUCUCUAAUGACGAAAAUUCAUCGAGUACCAGAAAGAGAUCAAUAGGCUUUUCACGUAGUUGUUGGAAGAAGAAAUCCAUAUUUUUUGAACUUGAAUAUCGGAAGAAGCUUCACGUUCGACAUUGCUUGGAUGUUAUGCACAUUGAGAAGAAUGUAUGUAUGAACUUGUUGGGUACAUUGCUCGACAUUUCUGGUAAGACAAAAGAUGGAUUACAGUCCCAUCAUGACUUAGAACAAUUAGGCAUUCGUCCUGAGUUGGUGUCAAGGGUUGUAGGAAAUAGAACAUACAUACCUCCAGCUUGUUAUACGUUAUCCAAAAGCGAGAAACGCACAGUUUGUUAA